GGAUGUAGAGGCUAACUGCCAGGCGAAGCGACCAGAGUGCGAGCGAGGGCUCCGAAGUGCAUGCGCAGUCGCUGUCCCUGCGCCCCCUUGCUCCCGGGCUUUGGCGUCUUGGCCGGCCGUUGGGCCCUGAGUCCGGGCGGGGCUGAAGGGGAGGCGCCUGGGCUGAGCCCACCCCGCUCUCCCUCGGGAGGUGGUUAUGUCAGCUGAGGCCACGGCAGACCAGGUCCCACCCCUGGAGAAUUGUGCCCCGCUAGUCCCAAUCCAGCAGCGACGGGAUGGCGGCGGAGGGGUAGCCGGUGUGACCUUUGAUCUCAAACCCCUUAACCCCAGCAGCAAGUAUGUCAAGCUGAACGUGGGAGGGUCUCUGCAUUACACCACAGUGCAAACCCUCACCAAGCAAGAUACCAUGCUGAAGGCUAUGUUCAGUGGCAGGAUGGAGGUGCUCACAGAUAGUGAAGGCUGGAUCUUGAUUGACCGAAGUGGGCGCCAUUUUGGAACAAUCCUGAACUACUUGCGCGAUGGCUCUGUCUCUCUCCCUGAAUCCCAGCGGGAGCUGGAGGAAGUGCUAUCUGAGGCCCGGUACUACUUGAUCCAAGGCUUGGUUGAGGACUGUCAGCUUGCCCUGCAGCAAAAGAGUGAGGCCUAUGACCCCCUCUGCCAUAUCCCCAUGGUGACCUCUCCCAAGGAGGAGCAGCAGAUCAUCUCAAGCUGUUCCAAGCCUGUGGUGAAAUUGCUGCAUAACCGAAGUAAUAACAAGUAUUCAUAUACAAGUAACUCCGAUGACAACUUGCUGAAGAAUAUCGAACUGUUUGACAAGCUGGCUCUGCGGUUCAAUGGCCGAGUACUCUUCAUCAAAGAUGUUCUUGGGGAUGAAAUCUGCUGCUGGUCGUUUUAUGGGCAGGGCCGCAAGAUUGCUGAAGUCUGCUGCACCUCCAUUGUGUAUGCCACCGAGAAGAAGCAGACCAAGGUGGAGUUCCCAGAGGCACGGAUCUUUGAGGAAACCCUGAACAUCCUGAUCUACGAGACGCCACGAGUGCCAGACAAGGCCCUCCUGGAGGCAACAGGUGGGGUGGCAGGUGGGGGUGGAGGCCCCCUCCGUGCAGGUGACGACGAAGAUGGGCGGGAGCACCGUGUCCGGCGCAUACAUGUCCGUAGGCACAUCAUGCAUGAUGAACGUCCUCACGGCCACCAAGCUGUUUUCAAAGACUGAUCCCGCCUCGCUCAUUACUGUCCUCAUUACUCCAUCCAUUUAGUGCCAAAGGAGAACCUGUUUUCUCCUUUUGAUCUUUCACCUCAAGGUCUUCUCAUUGAUGUUUGCAUCCUUUUCUAACCUCUCUCCCCCUCUGGGCUGCUUUUCUGCCCUCUUGCUAUCCCUUGACUUUAUUAAGCCCUCCUUUUUAUUGUGACAAUUGACCUCUUGGUCUGCCCCUUCAUUUUACUGGCAUGCUCUUUCCAGCUGUUAAUUUCCCCUAAUGCUUCAGUCUUAAACACCCGACUUCCCACUUCCCCUCACCACCCCACCUGUCUCAUAAUCUGCAAGACACCACUGAAACCUGGUUUGUGGUCCUUUAUUCAAAACCUCUUGACCCUGAACCUUUCCAACCUGAGACCGACUGACUCUUAACUGUCCUCUAAACUUAGGAUCCAUGGAAGAACAACAUUAUAACUGAGAGAGCUAUAUGUGAGCAAAGCAUAUGAAUCAGGGGAGCCUACAUUGCAUCUCAGCUUAAUACUGGGCCUCUGGUGACUUCCAUUUUGUAACACUGUUAUUGGCCUCUUUCAAAGGUCACAGACGAGGUGCUACCUAGACAGGGGUGUGUCAGUUCUUACAUAUUUACCAACUUUGAUCUCUCCAUUCUGGAGUCUUCUGCCCUUCGCUUUAUGGUACAUAGUUGUUUUUUUAUUGGUCAACCCCCAACCCACCCUUGGUUUCUGUUCGCCUACUUUUAACUUCUCUGUUGAAGAAACUGCCUGGAUUUAAGAUAAUGCAUAAAUUGUUCAGACAAAAACUGGCUACACUCCAUUUAAAAUUUUUGAUAAUGGCAUUGACAAAACUGGGAUUAUACAACAUACUUAUUAGUGUCUUUUUUUCUGGAAUAAUUUCCACUACAUUUAGCCUCCUGUGAGCAAAGGAGAUUAAAUCCAGUGUUAAUCAGCCACUUAAAAAAUUCAUGCAUACAAACUUGGCACCUUUAACCUUUGCAUUAGAGCAGGAGGUAACAGUCGUGAAAUUGGUUCUUAUUACUUAUUGUCCUUCUGGGAAAGAUGUCUGUCAGAUAACAGCUGCUAUUUAAAAAUUUUUUUGUCUGGGUCAAAAACACAGUUUGACUGUCUCCUUAAGUGUUGUGUGACCUGGACCCUGAUUCCAUCCAAACUAUUCUGUCCCACUUACCGGUACGACUUAUAUCAAAAUAUGUUAGAUGCUUCAAUCCCACACUUCAUAGGCAUCUACACACCAUUACAAAACAGCGGAACAUGGUCAGACAUAGAUCUUGUAGGUACAGAAGUCUUACUUCUUCCUGCAGAGUUUGAGCACUUGCACUCUGCCCCUGGAAUGCCUUCACCCCCUUGUUUUCCAUGAGGUUGGGUGGAGGGGGAAUCGGGGGUCCUCCAGAAUACAUUGGCCUACCAACUCCCAUCAGCCCCAUCCAUCAUGGCCAGUGAUCUGGUUUGAUGGGAGUUGUAGUCCAUCCAUAACUGAAGGGCCACCAUUUCCCCAUCCUGCCACAGGGAAUGGUAUGCCGCUUCAUACAAACUUCAGCAAAGCGUAAUAUGGGACAUUUCAACAGCCCUUUCAGUCAACUGUCUCAUGGAACAGGGUUUGGAUAUUAAUGGUGGUGGAUGGAGAGGGAGGGUGAAAUUGCAUUCUGUAAAUGCAGACUGGUGCAGGUAACUUUACUGGAGAGAAGGUAUUAUUUUCCUCCAUUCUUCUUUUCCCAUCUCUAUAUCCUCCCCUCCCUGGAGGAGGUAACUUUCUUGAAUUAAUUAUUGUAAUUUUUUGUAUUUGCAUAAUUUAUUUUAAAAAUGUUUUUUUUUCUAUUAAAUUAUUGUAAUAAAGGUACCUGCUUAAAAAUG